AUGCCGCUGAUAACUCUUGCUUCGAAUGUUCCCGCGAGUAAAUUUCCGAGUGAUUUCGAUGUCCAGUUUACGGAGUUAAUGGCGGAAAUGUUAGGAAAGCCAACAAGUCGGAUACUCUUACUGGUAACACCAAAUGCACAGUUGUCACAUGGUACUAUGCGAGAUCCAUCAUGUCUUAUCGUGGUCACUUAUAAGGUCGAUACCAUACAAUUGAAUGAUUUACGUAACAAUUAA